AUGCCGACAUUCCAGUUCUCGGAAAGUUCUACCCCACCACAGCCUUUGUUUCCUCAGAGAAAACAGCUGCUAAAUCACGUUGUCGAUGGUUUGGCUCAAGUAAGGCCAGAAUCUAUCUGGGCAAAGAUACCAAGAGACCCUCUUAGCUAUGACGCUGGAUACCGCAACAUUAACUACAAGAUGCUGGCAAAUGCUAUCAAUGGAACGGCAUGGUGGAUCAAGAAUGAACUCGGAGAAUCAAAAAGUUUUGAAACGCUUGCAUACUUUGGUCCCUGGGAUCCGCGAUAUAUAAUCAUCCUUCUAGCUUCCAUCAAAGCGGGAUACAAGAUGAUCUUUCCAUCUCCUAGCUAUCCGGUGGUCGGACUCACAAAGCUGCUGGAUCAAUUGGAUUGUAAGACAGUACUAACCUCCUCCCACAACAAAUAUGAUAUCGUAUCCAAGCUAUACACUGAGAGUGGCAGAGAUUUUCAUGAAAUUCCGAGCCUCUCUAAGCUUCUUGACGAAGAAUACGAACAUUAUGCACUCAACAAAACAUUUCAAUCCGCCAAAUCAGAGCCCCUAAUUGUCGUUCAUACAUCGGGAACUACUGGUAUGCCAAAACCUUUAAUCUACACUCAUGAUUGGGCAGCGAGCUGGAUUGAGCAGAACCAAUUGCCUGCACCUGGGGGACACACAAGCUUGGAACAUAUUAUCCAUGGAAUUGAACUUUGUUCUGUUGCGCCUGCAAACCAUGCCAGCAGUUUGUUGCCCAAUCUUUUCGGCGCUAUUCCGAACCAAAUAAGGGUCCUUUUUCCUGUCCCAGAUUCACCGGUUACUUGGGCUACGGCUCGAGAAAUGAUCCGACAUAACUCUCCGGAUCUUCUUCUCGCGGCAGCGCAUGUCCUGGAUGGCGUUGCCUCCGAUAUCAAACACAUUGAGGAAAUCUCUGGAAAAGUAUCGAUGAUAUCUUUCGGCGGAGGACCACUCUCUAAGCCUACUGGCGAUAUACUCACCAAGCACUUUCGUGUAUUUGGCAUGUAUGGGACUAGUGAGAUUGGAACCAUCCACAAAAUCAUUCCUAGUGGUCGUUGGGAUACGAGAAGCUGGAACAGCUGGAAGCCUCAUCCAAAAGAGAACAUGCAGUUUCGGCAACUGCAUGAUGACGUCUAUGAAGCAGUCAUAGUUCGAAAUAACAGCCUCGAGGAAGAGCAAUCGGUGUUUAAGAUUUUCCCUGCAUUGCAGGAAUAUCCCACUAAAGAUAUGUUCAGUCCAGAUCCUCAUCGAGAAGGCUUCUGGGCCUACCAGGGCAGAGUCGAUGACCUUAUCAAACUCAGCAAUGGAGGUACUGUAAACCCUUCCAGAUAUGAGGAGAUGAUCGCUAGUGCAUCGUUUGUAAAGUCGGCGGUGAUGUGCGGUACAGGUAAGCCAAAGCCUGCCUUACUAGUUGAGUUGUUGGAACCAUUAUCAGAUGGCUCCAGCGUUCUAGAAGAUUUGUACUCAUUGGUGGACGCUUGUAACGAUGAAUUUCCACCCCAGACAUCAGUUGCAAAAUCGAAUAUCAUCAUAACGUCCCCCAAAAAACCGCUUCCAAGAGCAGCUAAAGGGAGUAUUCAGCGUGCGCCGGCUUUGCAGUUGUAUGGAGUAGAGAUUGAUGGACUCUAUAAAUAG